GCGGCGCGUCGGCCGGUGACUCUCAAUUCUCGCUUCUUCAGUUCAAACUCUUCUCUUUAGUUUCUUGAUCUUCAGUUCAAACUCUUUCUCUUUAUCUUGCACAGAUCCAUAUAUAGCGCAAUUUACUUAGUUUUUAGCUCUAUAGUACCCAGAAAUGAAUUCCAUUUUCCAGGCUUGUUCUUUGUAUAUACUUUCACGAGCAGGCCAUCGCGUUGCUAGAAGUUCGGUAUGUCAUCUUUCUUUUCUUUCAUGGAAGACGAGCUUUAGUCGUAUUGGAAUUAGAGCUGUAAAUGUGGAGUUCACUUUAACCACAUUUCAUGUUCAAUGUUACUCUUCUAGAAGGAGAGAUAACAAAUCUCCUUUACUUAAAUUAGCUCAUUUAUCCGUCAUUGAAGAAAAAAAAGACCCUCUCUUUGUUGUGAGGAAUGCUGACAGUGAUUGCUAUGAUCAAGUAGGAUGCUCGAUUUCAUUUCCAACCAAAGAUGAACCAAUAACCAACAUCACACCAGAAGUAGCUGCUGUUGAUACGACUGUCUCAACACGCCCUUCUGAAAUGACAUCUUGCAUUCUUCAUUUUCAUGGUGCUUUCAAAGGAAAUACUGGUCAGGCUGGAGCAGGAGCAAUUCUGCGUAAUGCAGAUGGAAAUUUGAUUUGUAGAUUGCGGGAGGGUUUAGGCGACGUAACCAACAAUGUUGCUGAAUAUCGAGCAGUAAUUUUGGGUAUGAAAUGUGCCAUUAAAAAGGGAUUUAAAGAUAUUAAGGUUUUUGGCGACUCCAAGCUUGUCUGUAAGCAGAUGCAGAAAAAGUGCAGGAUUAGAAAUGAUAGUCUAAUCGAUUUGUAUAAGGAAGCAAUGAAUUUGAAGGAUGAGUUCUUGUCUUUCGAGAUCAGUCAUGUUUUAAGGAGUAACAACAAAGUUGCUGAUGCUGAAGCACACUUUGCAGUUCGUCUUGAUGAUGGUGAAAUCCAUGAAGAAGAAGCCUGUUAGCAGAGACAGCACAUUUGGUUCUUUUAGCAAUCUAUGACUGCUAUUCUUUGGACAAAUGAUUCUUCAUGAGCAGCCCCAAUGUUUUCAACUGGUUCAACAGAAAGAAAGGUUUAUUUUUACUUUAUCUGAAUUUGUCAUGUAUUUGAAAACAGAUAUAGAUGCAAGAGAAACAAGUAUCCGUGUUUCCAAAUGGGGACAAUUUAUGUUUGUAAACAGAACAAGUGGAAUAUAUAUUUAUAGAAACAUUAACAUAUUGUUCCUCAAAACCCUUUCCCAUCACAAGUGAUAAGUACAUUCUUAACUUCAU